AUGGCGUCCGAAAAGAAAACACCAGUCAGCGUCGGCGAAGAUACCAUACAGCCAAGUGGCGCGUGGUCUUCCAAUGAUAUUCUCGAAGGCGAGCUCAAGAAAGGUGGCGAGGCGAAUGAGGUCUUCAAGCAGACCGAGGAUGGUGUGAAUUUUCGUACCGUGAGCUGGCAGCGCGCAACGGUCAUCUUCUUCAAGAUCAACUUCGCCAUGAGCAUUCUCGCUGUUCCCGGCGCACUGGGGACUCUCGGAGCUGUGGGGGGCUCCUUGUCGAUCGUCGGGUGGGAAGCUCUUAAUACUUACACGGCACUGCUACUCGGGGAUUUCCGCAACCGUCAUCCCGAAUGCCACACCCUCGCCGAUGCAUGCGCGAUCCUCUGGGGGCCGGUCGGCCGAGAAGUAUGCGGCAUCGCCAUUCUUCUCGCCCAGAUCCUCGUGACGGCCGCUGGGAUUGUCUCAACGGAUACGGCCUUCAAUGCACUUUCCAACCACGGGGCUUGCACAGUAGUCUUCGCGUUCGUCUCGGCGGCCUUGAUCACCCUAUUCUCAUCCAUCCGGACCUUCUCUAAGCUGGGUUGGCUUACAUGGGCCGGCUCUAUUACAUUCUUCAUAGCCGUCUUCAUCUUCGCCGUCGCCGUAACACAACAGGACCGGCCGGCAGCCGCCCCCCAGACCGGAGACUUUGACUUGGGCUACACAGCGCUUGCCUACCCGACCUUCGCAGCCGGCAUGACGGCAUCAGCCAAUCUCUUCCUCUUCGGCUCGGGGGCCUCCAUGUACCUGCCGGUGAUGGCGGAGAUGCGGCGGCCGCAGGACUACCGCAAGGCGUGCUACGUGAACGGGGCGCUCGUGGGCGCCUGCUACCUGACCUUCAGCCUGCUGAUCUACGGGUACUGCGGGUCGUGGAUCACGACGCCGGCGUUCGGGAGCGCGGGGCCCCUGUUCAAGAAGAUCAGCUACGGCGUCGCCCUGCCGGGGCUCGUCGUCGGCAACGGCAUCUACCAGCACGUCGCCGCCAAGUACCUCUUCGUGCGGGUGCUGCGCACCUCGCGCCACCUGCAGGCCGACACCCUCGUGCACUGGGCCGCGUGGCUGGGCAUCAACCUCGUGCUCGGCGCGCUGGCGUUCGUCAUCAGCCAGGCCGUGCCGAUUCUGAACUAUCUCCUCGGGCUCGCGGGGAGCCUGUUCUUUGCGCCGUUUGCGCUCAUCCUGCCCGUCCUGUUCUGGAUGCAUGAUUUCAGGUGGUCCGGGGCGCUGUCGGGGAGGGACAAGGCGCUCUGGGGGCUGCACUCGCUGAUCGUGGCGAUCGGCUCGUUCUUGGUCGUUGGCGGGACAUAUGGCGUGGCUCUGUCCAUCCAGCAGGCUUUCGCCAGUGAUCUGAUAUCCAAGGUAUUCGAUUGUGCGGACAAUUCAGGUACUGUCUCGUAGAUGGAGAAUAUUGCAUGGAUUACUUUGUGACCGUUGUGUUGUCUUAUUUCUGCAUGACGAGCUACGAUAGCGUAUGAGAUAUCAUUGCCUCAGCCAAAACGGCUUUAAGAUAAUAGUAAUGGCAUUUUCAUCUAUAACUCCUCCUGUUCCAAACGCCUCCCAAUGCUACCAUGAGCCCAAUGACGAUGUUGAAAAAUGCAAUGUUCUUACAGAAGCAUAUGAGUCUGCUCCAGGCUCUAAUCUCCAUCAAGGAUGCGUCGGCCAGGCGUCGUCAAUAAGCCGAGGAAUAUUCCGCCUAAGAACCUUAGGAAACAGCUCUACCAAGAGCUUCGCCAACUUCCUUCUCUCCAAUGCUGCUAGGCUUGCGCCGCGUAAUUUGUAACGGAUAGCCUGCCUCUCUCAACUUGUCAUCGUCUACUCCGCCGAA